AUGGCGCCCAGCAAAGAAUCGCAGGCCCUUGCUGAACUCUUUGGAAAGCUCGCAGGAGCAUGGCCAUCCGAUGGUGAUCCAUACUUGAGCAGAUGCAUAUACGAACAAGUCCAUAGCGUCGCCAGUGAGGCGGAGGGGGUCAGUUACAAAACCGUCUCCGCCGGCGGUCGUCCCAGUCUCUGGAUCCAACCCUCAGGAGCAUCAGACCAACACGUCGUCCUCUUCAUGCACGGCGGCGGCUUCAGUUUCGGCUCCACCAACUCACACAGGAAACUCGCAUCCCAUCUAGCCAAAGCCUGCAACUGCAUGAGUCUCUCAGUCGAGUACCGCUUAACCCCCGAACACGCCUUCCCUGUCCCUCUGGACGACUGCGUGGAUGCGUACAAAUGGCUGCUUGACCAGGGUUAUAAGGCCGAAAACAUUGUUGUCGCCGGCGACUCUUGCGGUGGUGGCCUGUCUGCGACAGUCCCGUUAGCAGCUGUCGAGAGAGGACUUCCCAACCCUGGCGCAGCGGUGGCGUUGUCACCGUGGUACGACCUAACCAACGGCGGGGAGUCAUUCACGACGAACGAAGACAAGGAUGUACUGAGCAGCAAGGAGAGUGUCAAAGUCAUCACCGACCGGUAUAUCGCUGGCGGCACUUCGAAGGAGAAUCCGCUCGUUAGUCCGAUCUACGCCAACCUCUCUGGUUUACCGCCAACGUGGAUUUCGUGCGCUGGGUUCGAUAUGCUGAGGGAUCAAGGCGCACUGCUGGCGGAGAAGGCGAAGAAGGCUGGGGUGGAUGUUACGCUGGAUAUGCAUGAGGGACAGCAGCAUGUUAUGGAGUUUAUGGCUGGGAUGGCGCCGGAGGCCAAUGAUUCUCUUCAGAGGAUUGGGGAGUGGGUUAGAAAGAAGAUUGGGUCUUGA